GGUGAUUCAUUCAGCCAGUUUCGAUUUGCAGAUGAAAAGGAAUGGCAGGUGGAUACUGCAGCAAAUACACAGAUGUCUGCAUUCUUUGACUGUCAAGCUCUGGUCCAGUCACUUCAAGAGCUACCACUCUAUCUCCGUUUAAAUGUAGAUGCUGAGCUAGUGCAGGUAACAGUACCCACGGAACUGCCACAGUUUAAGAUUACUGAGAAGCAUGGAAAGAAAAGUGCCAUAAGUCAUUUUAGAGGACAGCUUGGUAGAACUGAAGUACCUGCAGCAAUAGAGAAAGAAGAAAAUAUUUCUUCCCACCUGACCCAUGAGUCUGGAGCUGGCUUUCCGGGUACUGCUAUGGAUAUAACUGCGCAGAAGAGCACACCUGCACAUGAGAAAGUUGAUGGUGCUUUGGAAGAAGAACUUGAAGAGUUGCUUAGUCUAGAUGCUCCAGUAAGCAGUGGAUUGGAUAAAAGGCCCUCAAAAGGCACUGCACGUGACAAGCGCAGCAAGAAUUCUGCAAAUGUGGGGGAGAAAGUGGAAACAUCUUCAGGAAAAAAGAAUUCAUUACCUGAACCACUUCCAAGCAGAUCGGUAACAAAAGAUGCUGAAGAAAAGCUGGAAGAUUGGCUGGACAGUAUGAUAUCUUAGUCCUGUGAGACAAAGGGCUUGUCACAAUCGUCAUGUAAUAUGCUGCACGACUACACCUUACAGAAGUUGACAGCAGCUGAGUUAUUAAGGCUCAAACCUUUGUAAAAUGUAACCCUGUUUUUUUUUUUACAUUUGUUGUACCAUAUGUUGAUGAUGGCAUCUGCUGUAUUCUUGCCUCCCAAGACACCUUCGCAGUACUUACAGACUGGCAUCGCAAGGCUGUGUUUGAAAUUGUUACAUUUUAGAAACAGUUUAGUUUCCAUGCAAACAGUUUUUCUUUCUUAAAUAGUGUGUAUGUCUAGCUGUAGUCUAUAUCAGCAUUGAACAAAAUAAAUAAUCUUGACACAC